AUGUCGGCACGGGCAUCAACAUGGACACUGCCGGGGCUCAAUGCCCGCGUGAACUCCACGCCUGACAUCACCCAGGACGACCUGCAGUCUUUCCCUGCAUUCAGAACCUGGGUCUCGACAUUGCAGGCGUCCUUGGCGCGACAGCGGGAUCCAUCGCACGAGUUCAACUCUGACCCGUAUGUCCUGCGUCAGAUUGAUAUUCAGUCGGUUGAUCGAUUUGGCGGGGGCCGGCUGGGCUUUGUCAAGCUGAAGGCGGAUGUGUCGAAUGGUGCUGGGGAGCGGUUGCCUGGGAGUGUCUUUUUGCGAGGGGGCAGUGUUGGGAUGCUGCUCAUCCUGCAACCAAAUGAUAUCCCUGCCUCUCAGGAAGAAGGGAAACAGGCCAUCCUCACGAUUCAGCCUCGUAUUCCAGCUGGAUCUUUAGCGUUUGCUGAGAUUCCAGCUGGCAUGCUUGACGGUAGCGGUACUUUUGCCGGAGGGGCCGCGAAAGAAAUUGAAGAAGAGACUGGGCUAUCUGUCAAACAAGAUGAGUUGAUUGAUCUCACCUCGAUGGCUCUACAUUCUAAUGAGGAAUCGGAUGGGGAAACGUUGCAGAAAGCGGUGUAUCCUUCCGCUGGGGGUAGUGACGAGUUUAUUCCGUUAUUCUUGUGCCAGAAGCGUAUGCCUCGGAAGGAGAUUGAGGAGCUGCAGGGAAAGCUGACUGGACUGCGGGAGCAUGGCGAAAAGAUUACGCUAAAGGUUGUGCCGCUUGAGGAUUUGUGGAAGGAAGGGUUGAGGGAUGGGAAGACUUUGGCUGCGUGGGCGCUCUACAAAGGGUUGCAACAGGAAGGCAGAAUUUGA